UGAAUUUACGUAUCCUAGCAACUUGUAUACAAAUUUAAUUAAACCAAAUGGCCACAACAAGUGGCUGAUUUACACUUAAGGGAAAAGAAAUUCUAUUAAAAAAUAUUACCGAAAAAAUGGAAACCAUUGAACCAUUCAGUUUAUUGUGGGAGGAUAAAGAAAUCAAAUUUGAUACAGCCCAUGUUCAAAAACGUCUACGUAAUGGUGAAAAGGUAUUAUCCACCAUCUAUUACAUUGAGGAUACUAAAGGAAAUCCCGGAGAUUCGGGACGUUUAUUGGCUACAAAUUUGCGUUUAAUUUGGUAUUCUUUGGUCCAUAAGAAGUUUAAUCUUUCCAUUGGUUAUGGUCGUAUUGCCAAUAUUAAUACCAAAACUGUGACCAAUAAAAUCCGGGGAAAUUGUUUGGCUUUAUAUAUUUUGGCUAUAGGCGGCAGCACAAGAUUUGAAUUCCUUUUUACGGAUGUAUCAGGGGAAACGGAGCGAAAACAUAAGCCUAUAUUCCAAAGUGUUUUUGAUAUAUAUCACUUAUAUCAACGCACCUAUUUGUAUCGCGAUUUAAAGUUACGUGGUGCCAUUUUACAAUCCGGUCAAUUGAUUAUUUUACCCCAAGAACAGGUAUUCAAUAAAGUCGAAGGUGUUUGGAAUUUAUCGAGUGAUCAAGGUAAUUUGGGUUGUUUUGUGGUCAGCAAUAUACGUGUGGUUUGGUAUGCUGAUGCCAAUGAGACCUUCAAUAUAAGUUUACCCUAUAUGCAAAUAGCUAAUAUACGCAUACGCGAAUCUAAAUAUGGACCAGCCUUAGUAGUACAAACCGCUGAGACGGGAGGUGGUUACGUUUUAGGCUUUCGCAUUGAUCCUCCCGAACGUUUAACGGAAAUUUUUCAAGAACUUAUUUCUUUGCAUUCGAUCUUUACGGAAAAUCCUAAUUUUGGUAUUGCCUAUGAAAGCACAGAAUUGGAAAAACAAAAUGCCUCGGCAAAUGCUCAACGCAAGGAGAUACGCAUAGAGGAGUUUCAAGAAAUCGACGAACGUCAGGAGAAGGAAAUCAAUUCUAAGUUAAAUACUUAUUUGGCCGAAGGUAGUUUGUCGGUGGGUGAGGAGAAACCGCCCCGGGAGCCAGUCUAUUGUAAGGAAUUGGGUUUUGCCAUGGAACGUAUACGCGAUGGUUAUAAGUUGAAAGAUUUAUGGGAUGUUUUGCCGCAGCAAAUGAUAUUGGUGGAAGAGGAAUGAUUUAUUAAAGAAAAAUAAAAAGAAACAAUAAAAAAUAGG